CACUGUCCCAGCAAUUAUUUGAGAUUAAAACAAAAAAGCGCAAUGUUAACAAUAAUGGCAUAUUAGUAACGUGCAGACCUAACUAACAUUCCUCAUUUGAAUUAACGUUGCCAGAGCCAAUACCUUGCCACACGAGCGUGAGAGAGAAAGAGAGAGAGAGUGAGAGCAGGAGUGAAGCAGCUGCAGGCGCAACUUAUUAAUUCUUGAUAAUUCGACAGCAAAAUGCAUAAAUGCUGCAUUCAGACACAGACACAGCAGACCACGCUAACAAAGUCCACAGCAUUCAGCAAAAAGAAGAAGAUUCGCAGCAAUUGUAACGGUAACAGCAACGGUAUCGGUGGCAAGAGCAUUAUGUCCAAUUGCCAUAGCAAUGAUGGAGACGACAAUCACACUGAUGCCGAUGCCACCUGCCCCGUAGCCAUCACAGACGCCACUCGGGACCACAUCAAGCGUCGCGUCCGCACGGCGUACGAGUUCUUUGACCAGACGCUGAUGCAGUACAAGAUCGCUCAGUUGAUAUUCUGCUUCAAUGGCGGCAAGGACUGCACAGUGCUGCUCGAUCUGCUGAUGGGCUACUGCGCCCAGCGGAACAUCGACAGCGGCCAGAUACCGAUGCUCUACAUUGAGUCGGACGAUUCGUUCGAGGAGAUCGACGACUUUGUCCAGCACUGUGUGAGGCGCUACAAGGUGAAGCUCAUCAAGUACAAGGACUCGCUGAAGGUAGCGCUCACCCAGAUGACCCACGACAUGCCGCUCAUCAAGGCCGUCUUUGUGGGCAGCCGCAAUACAGAUCCCUAUUGCGACAAGCUGAAAGCGAUGCAGAAAACGGACAGCGAUUGGCCGGACAUGAUGCGACUGAAUCCGCUGCUGGAAUGGAGCUACCACGACAUCUGGCACUACAUCCACAUGUACAAGGUGCCCUACUGCAGUCUCUAUGCGCGGGGCUACACAUCGAUUGGCUACAAGUCCAACACCUUUCCCAAUCCGCAUUUGCUCUGCGCCGAGUGUGCGGCGGCCGGAGCAGAGGCUGCCACGCCCUGCUAUCGGCCCGCCUGGGAGCUGGCCGAUCCCACAAUGGAACGGGCGGGACGACACAGUUCCAAAUAGUCGCAAAAAGCUAAAACUGGCUAAUCAUAGUGCAAUUGUAUUGUAAAUAACUACUAUAUAU